AUGCGGCCACGAGGGUCGGGCUGUCUCUCGGCCGCGCCCGCCGCGCCCUCGUCGCCGGGUGGAACUUUUCCAGCUGACUCAGCCUCAAUCCAGCGCAAAAGCUUUUCGCGUUCCUUGUCUUCUGCGCGUCAGGGCUCUCUCUCGGCAACAGCUGACCAGCUGCGUGCUCAGGUGGCGGCUCUGGCGAAGGCGCUGCACGAGGAUCGGCGGCGCCGUGCUUCUUCGGGGCAACCCUCGCGGGUCUCUCGCCCCUCGCCUUCCCUCCCCGUCUUCUACAACGUUCCGAGGUCUUCACGCACUCUCACUGUCUUCCCUUCUUCGUCUUCGUCUCCUGGUUACCACCCUGUCGGCAGAGACACGUCCCGACCGUCGGGGCCUUCCCCGUCCACCGCCGCCGCAGCUGCUGCAGGCGUCUCGGUGCCGAGCAAAAGACAGGUUCCUCCGCCCCGUCCAGAUGCAUCGCCGACGCCCAGCGCGUCUCUCGCCAGUGCCUCCUUGGCCCCCGCAGCUGGCGGGCGAAGCGGGGGUUUGGCGCCCAAAGCGGAGCAUCUCUCGGCGGGGCCCAGCGGGUCCGACAGGCUGCGAAUCCUGAAGGAGCAAGUCGCCCACAUGCAGAUGCUGGUGGCCAAGAAGAAAGAGCAGGAAAGGCGAGCAGAAGAGAGGUGGGAAACUCGAAAGCGCCAAAGAGCCCUAUGGAGACAGAACAUCCACUGGAACAGGCUCGUCAACACGCCCGCAGCCGAAGAGACCCCUGGCGGAGACGGCCGAUCUCAAAUAUCCCGCCAGGAACUGUUCGACGGGGCGACUUUCCCGGCCUUCUCCGCCAGCGACGGAACGCCCUUCGCGUCGUGGGCGGCAGCCAAGGCUGGCACAGUGCGGAAGGAGGCAGCUCACCCCUCUGUGGGAGAGGGAGGCAUCCCAGGCGGCGUUUCUUGUUCCUGUUUUCGGGUAGCGGCCGAUUCGUUCUCGUCGUUGCCCAUGCGAUCGACGCCGUGGACGACGUCGGAAGAGAGCGUCCGGCCGUCGCUUGAAUCCGGCAAAUCGGCGGCUCCGAAAUUCCGAAACCGAUCGCUCACUUUCUGCAAAUUCUACAACGGUUUCGGAUACUGCAGAAACGGGGAUUCGUGUCCCUUCUACCACGACCGCAGUCGCGAGACACAGCUCACGGAGCGUUGUGAGCAUGUUAAUGAAGAACCCGUUGUCUGUCGUCUCUACCUCAAAGGCCUGUGCGAGUCUGCCGACUGUUCCCUCGCCCACGAGGCUCCGGUCACGCCCGUCUGUGCUCGCUUUCUCCAGGGGCUGUGCAUUCGAGAUGAAUGCAUGUACCGCCACGAAUUCGGAGCUCAGACCCCGGUCGCUCUGGUGGAAGGGAAUGCGGUGGUAGAUUCGGUAGACGACGCUGGCGUAGACUCGACAGUCUCGGAGCAGUUGAGACUGUCAGAGAGGGGAGAAGCGAGAGAAUCCGAUAAAGUCGAAAAGUAA